AUGGCGGGGCAACUAUUUGCGACACCUUGUCGGAGGAAAGACUAUAGCGGUGCAACUAUUUGCAACACCUUGUCGGAGAAAAGACUAUGGCGGGGCGACUAUUUGCGACACCUUGUCGGAGGAAAGACUAUGGCGGGGCAAUGCGGGGCGACUAUUUGCGACACCUUGUCGGAGAAAAGACUAUGGCGGGGCGACUAUUUGCGACACCUUGUCGGAGGAAAGACUAUGGCGGGGCGACUAUUUGCGACACCUUGUCGGAGAAAAGACUAUGGCGGGGCAACUAUUUGCGACACCUUGUCGGAGAAAAGACUAUGGCGGGGCAACUAUUUGCAACACCUUGUCGGAGAAAAGACUAUGGCGGGGCGACUAUCUGCAACACCUUGUCGGAGAAAAGACUAUGGCGGGGCAACUAUCUGCGACACCUUGUUGGAGGAAAGACUAUGGCAGGGCAACUAUUUGCAACACCUUGUCGGAGAAAAGACUAUGGCGGGGCGACUAUUUGCAACACCUUGUCGGAGAAAAGACUAUGGCGGGGCGACUAUUUGCGACACCUUGUCGGAGGAAAGACUAUGGCGGGCAGGCGACUAUUUGCAACACCUUGUCGGAGAAAAGACUAUGGCGGGGCAACUAUUUGCGACACCUUGUCGGGAGAGGAGGAAAGGAACUAUGGCCGGGGGCAACUAUUUGCAACACCUUGUCGGAGAAAAGACUAUGGCGGGGCAACCAUUUGCGACACCUUGUCAGAGGAAAGACUAUAGCGGUGCAACUAUUUGCGACACCUUGUCGGAGAAAAGACUAUGGCGGGGCAACCAUUUGCGACACCUUGUCGGAGAAAAGACUAUGGCGGGGCAACCAUUUGCGACACCUUGUCGGAGGAAAGACUAUGGCGGUGCAACUAUUUGCGACACCUUGUCGGAGGAAAGACUAUGGCGGGGCAACUAUUUGCGACACCUUGUCGGAGAAAAGACUAUGGCGGGGCAACUAUUUGCGACACCUUGCCGGAGAAAAGACUAUGGGGGAACUAUUUGCGACACCUUGUCGGAGAAAAGACUAUGGCGGGGCAACUAUUUGCAACACCUUGUCGGAGAAAAGACUAUGGCGGGGCAACUAUUUGCGACACCUUGUCGGAGGAAAGACUAUGGGGGCAACUAUUUGCAACACCUUGUCGGAGGGAACUAUUUGACAUUGCGGGGGACUAUUUGCGACACCUUGUCGGAGGAAAGACUAUAG